GGGGUGAAUGGCUUUCCAGGUCCCCGAGGGGCGGUUCCAGGGUCCCCACUCCCGGGCCGAGGGAGCAGGGUGCAAGGCCUCGGGAGGAUUCUGGGGAUGGGACCGUCUGUCGGAAUUCUUAGAAGAGGAGAUGACUUUUCACUGUAACUGGGGAUCAUGCAGGAAGCCUGAGGGAGCAGGAGGCGGAAACGCACCCACAUCAAAGGCGACAGGGCGGAGCGGGGUACCGAGGCGAGCAGGGAAGGGGCUGCAGGGUGUGAGGCCUGUCCUUCUGUCCCUUCCAAGACCCUGCCACAGGCAUGAGGGGUCCCCGGCCGAGAUGACAGUGCUGGUGCCAGCCUGGAACCCAAAUUCCUCCCUGCUGCUGCUGCUGCUGCUGAGUCCUUGCCUGCGGGGGACACCUGACUGUUUCUUCAGCCACAGCCCCAUCUCCUCCAACUUCCACGUGAGGAUCAGCGAGUUGACUGACUACCUGCUUAAAGAUUACCCAGUCACUGUGGCCAUCAAUCUUCAGGACGAGAAACACUGCAAGGCCUUAUGGAGCCUCUUCCUGGCCCAGCGCUGGAUGGAGAGACUGAAGACCGUGGCAGGGUCUGAAAUGCAAAAGCUCCUGGAGGUUGUCAACACGGAGAUACAUUUUGUCACCUCGUGUGCCUUCCGGCCUCUCCCAGAAUGCCUUCGCUUCGUCCAGACCAACAUCUCCCACCUCCUGCAGGACACCUGCACGCAGCUGUUGGCCCUGAAGCCUUGUAUGGGGAAGGCCUGCCAGAAUUUCUCUCGGUGCCUGGAGGUGCAGUGCCAGCCCGACUCCUCUACCCUGCUGCCCCCAAGGAGUCCUGUAGCCCUAGAAGUCACAGAAAUUCCAGAGCCUCAGUCCAGCCAGCUGUUGCUCUGGCUGCUGCUGCCUCUCACGCUCGUGCUGCUGGCAGCUGCCUGGGGCCUUCGCUGGCAAAGGGCGAGAAGGAGGGCGGAGCUCCGACCUGGGGUGCCCCUCACCUCCCGUCCCUAGGAUCUGACACUUGGGCAGCGUUGACUCAGCCAGGGUCUUAUCUCGGUGCACAUCGGGGAGGGCAUCUCAGAUAACGUGCUUAGCUGAUACGAAGGCCCGUGGAAACACAAGCAGGUGUGCGCGGCUCAGGACCUGCAAGGCCUCCUUCCACCAUCUCUUCAUCUUGGAUAGCUGCCUCUACCUGUGUAAUAUUCGGAAACUCCUAGACUCGCCCACCACGAGGCUGAAGUGAGGGGACGCACCCGCAAGACUUCCGACGCACACACUGCAGAGCCGGCCAGGGCUUACGCUCGCCCCCUUAUGGUCACCACGUGCUCUGCGUCCGUGGUUACUAGAGGGGCGUCAUGGCGCUCCCCAAGGCGGGCCCACGCACGGAGAGGAGCACGCCCUCCAAAAUAUGGCCGCCGCGGCGGGACGGCCUGGUGCCGCCGAAGCCGCCUCGGGACCCACGUGACCUCCCGCCCCGCACAGCCAUGGCCGCCGAGGUCCAACCUUGAUUGGACAAGGUAAAGACGGCCCACCUUCCAGCGUGCGCAUGCACGGCGCUUCAGCCAAUGAAAAGGCAGAAAGCCUUCCGUUCGGCCCUGGCUGCGUCACUUCCUCCGCCCCUGCAGCAAGGGAUAAGAAACCCUGCGCCAAGACCUCCUCCUUUCCCAGGCGGCUGCCGAAGAUGGCGGAGGGACAGGUUCUAGUGUUGGAUGGCAGAGGCCAUCUUCUGGGCCGCCUGGCGGCCAUUGUGGCGAAGCAGGUGCUACUGGGCCGGAAGGUAGUUGUUGUUCGCUGUGAAGGCAUCAACAUUUCUGGAAA